AUGGGACAGGUUUCUUUCCCUGUGUAUGAGAGAAGCGACAUUUCUAGAAACCUGGGUAAUGCACUUCAGGUGAAUAGAACUUUGGUAUCUGCCGAUGUGAUCCGUUUGCAGUACUCGCUUCUCUUUAACAACGAAACAGCUAAAAUAUGGGAGAAAGAAUUUAUUGCAAAAAUGAAAACCUAUGAAUCUUCAUUGCUUGAUAUCGCGAUAUCAAUGUCCCAGUCCCUAGAUAUAGAACUCGACAGUAAUGUCUCUGGGGAUAUCCUUUGGAUAUCACUCACCUUUACAAUAAUGCUAACGUAUGCAUCACUUGCAACAACUGGCACGCGAAUCAACUGUAUAGCAGACCGUCAAAAUUUGGGUCGAGCAGGCGUUUUGGCCACAAUCCUGGCAAUCCUGGGUUCUUUUGGACUGACAUCAGCAGCUGGGGUGGAGUAUGUGUCUCUUGUGGGUGUCAUGCCUUUCCUUAUAGUAGGUAUUGGUUUAGACGAUGUAUUUAUAUUACUCUCUGGCCUGGCGGAUGCACCCCUUACCGGAAGUGACGGAACACCCACUGACAUCAAGGAACGGAUUUCCUUUGCUAUGGCAACCAGCGGUGUUUCCAUUUCUAUUACGUCAUUGACAGAUUUCCUAGCUUUUGGCAUAGGAUCAAGUUCAAGCUUUGUUAGCAUAAGGAAUUUUUCAAUAUAUACAGGAGUCGCCGUGUGCUUCUGUUAUAUAAAUCAACUGACUUUGUUUGUGCCUUGUAUGGUUAUCAACGAACGACGAGCCGAGAAGUCACGACACGCCUUCACUUGUAUGAAAACGAAAUCCAAAGAAGAGCUGAAAAAUGAAGGACGGUCCACCCUGUAUCAGUUCUGUUGUGCUGGGGGACCUGCUAACAGUCCCGAAGAUUACAGUAAUUUCAUUCAGAAAUACCCAACCAAGUUUUGUCAAUUUCUAGUGGGUCAUACUGUGGGGAAAAUAUUCAUUUUGUUAGUGUUUUUUACAUAUUUAGGAUUCUCCAUUUAUGGAUGUUUAAAUCUUAAACAAGGUCUUGAGUUACAAAAUCUUGUUUCAGAAGAUUCGUACCUGUACAAGUUCAAUGUUUGGAACAAACAGUAUUUUGACGAUACAACACCAGUUUCAUUCAAUUUUGACAAACCACUGAAUUAUCAUACACAGGAAAACCAAAACGAAAUAGCCUCUUUUAUUCAAAAGAUAAAAGGCGAUGAAUACAUCUCUCCGCAUUUUGAGAGAUUCUGGUUAAGUGCCUACUCUAAGUCUCCUUUGUUUAAUAAUUCCUCGAAAACAAACUUCAUUGAUGGUCUUAAACAGUUUAUGCAGUAUCGCCCAGACCUCGCUAACGAUGUAGCAUUUGAUAGCUCGGAAACUUCUAUUAUUGCGUCAAGAUUUUACGUAAUGUCGAACCCUAUGUUGAGUACCACAGACAGCGGGAACUUGAUGCAAAAUGUGAGAAAACUAGCAUCUGAGUCUAAAUUCUCAGUCUUUGCGUACACCCCGGCGUUUAUUUUUUAUGAACAGUAUGUAGAGAUUUUUCCAGCGACCAUGCAGACUCUUGGGAUCGCUGUUGGGGUCAUGAUGGUGGUAACAACCAUUUUUAUGCCAAACUUAUUCCUUGUUGUCAUGGUAACCGUAACAUUGGUGAUCAUUUUGCUGGGUAUCGUUGGUUUUAUGCCCUUUUUAGACCUGACCUUGAGUUCCAUAACAAUGAUUGACCUCAUCAUGACUGUAGGAUUUUCGGUCGACUUCAGUGCUCACAUCUGCCAUGCUUACAUGUCUGUUUCGGGCAAAACAAGGAAGGAAAAGGUUCAUCAAGCACUGUCUCGGUCUGGAGGUCCAAUAUUUAACUCUGCUUUGUCGUCCAUCCUGGGAAUUCUCAUGUUGAUAUUUUCCAAAAGUUAUAUUUUCUUGUCAUUCUUUAAGCUUAUGUUGAUUGUGAUGAUUUUCGGUCUGUUCCAUGCCCUUUGGGUUUUACCUCUUUUCUUAUCAAUCAUUGGUCCCAUGGUGCAUGGCACAUCUGAAAAUGAUGAAGAAAAAACAAAAGAUGAUAAAGCAGAUCUCAAACUGGACGAAAAGAACAAUCUUCCGCUUAAAAAGGUGGAGGAAGGUACUAAGGAAGAUGAAAACAAAGGAAUGUCUGCUUCCGACAAGCAGACGAAGGAAUCAGAGAUGGUGUCUUCAGAAAAGAGUCACAACAACAAGGCCAAAGUAAACGACACAACAGAGGACCCAGAAUAUUCUGGAGACAACGUGAUGUCAAUCAGCAUAAAGCUGUGA